UGUUAGUGGAAAACGCGCUCUACCUACCUCUAUUAAAAAAACUGCAAAGCCAUGACAGUUGGUUACUAUACCGGUUCUUGCCCCUCUCUGGCUCUAUCGCUUCACUAACUGUUGCAAUGGCGGAAAAGCUUACCAUGCACGCUCUUCAGUAUGAUAGUUAUGGCGGAGGACCUGCUGGUUUGAAGCACGUUAAUGUACCAGUUCCUUCUCCAAAAAAAGAUGAGGUUUUGCUGAAGCUGGAAGCAAUUAGUCUAAAUCCAGUUGAUUGGAAAAUACAAAAGGGCAUGCUGCGGCCCUUUAUGCCUCGCAAAUUACCUUACAUACCUGCAACUGAUAUAACUGGGGAAGUUAUAGUGGUAGGGUCAGAAGUCAAAGAUUUCAAAGUUAGCGACAAAGUGGUAGCUAUUCUUAAUCACCUCGAUGGAGGUGGACUGGCUGAGUUUGCUGUGGCUAAGGAAAGCUUGACAGUUAGUAGGCCUCUAGAAGUUUCUGCAGCUGAAGGUGCUGGCUUACCUGUUGCGGGUCUCACUGCUUACCAGGCCCUCACUCAAUCGGCUGGGAUCAAGCUUGAUGGAAGUGGCAAGGAGACAAACAUUCUGAUCACUGCUGCCUCAGGUGGUGUAGGUCACUAUGCUGUUCAGUUGGCAAAGCUUGGAAACACACAUGUGACUGCCACUUGUGGAGCUCGCAACAUUGAAUUUGUCAAGAGUUUAGGGGCUGAUGAGGUUCUUGAUUACAAGACCCCUGAUGGAGCAGCUCUAAAGAGCCCAUCUGGUCGAAAAUAUGAUGCAGUCAUCCACUGUGCUCCAGCCAUGCCCUGGUCUACAUUUGAGCCAAAUUUGAGCUCAAAUGGGAAGGUGAUAGAUAUCACUCCUGGACUCAGGGCCUUGUUGACUUUUGCUUUGAAGAAGCUUACCUUCUCCAGGAAGCAGCUGGUUCCACUGCUCUACAAACCCAAGAAGGAUAACCUAGAUUCUCUUGUUCAGUUAGUGAAAGAAGGGAAGCUUAAGACAGUGGUCGACUCGAAGCAUCCCCUCAGCAAAGCAGAAGAAGCUUGGGCCAAGAGUAUCGAUGGUCACGCUACUGGCAAGAUCAUUGUGGAGCCAUAGAUGAAUAUAAUUAGCUUGGCAUUGCACAUACGUAUAUACUGUGAUGGUUUGUAUGAAUGCAGUGUGUAUAUACAAUAUACAUGGCAUGUGAUAUGUCGGUGUUUGUAUUGCUAAUUAUUUUAAGAUAUUGUAAGAAAAUUGAGGACUUGUGUGUGUUUAAGGAAAAAAAUAUUGCUUCUA